AUGUUCAUCGCAAGAUCUGAAUAUGAUCGCGGCAUCAACACCUUUUCCCCAGAAGGUCGUCUCUUCCAGGUUGAAUAUUCCUUAGAAGCCAUCAAACUUGGAUCAACAGCCAUCGGUAUCGCUACCAGUGAAGGUGUUCUCCUAGGCGUCGAGAAGAGGGUCACAUCUCCGCUUCUAGUGUCAUCAAGUAUCGAGAAGAUUGUCGAGAUCGACCGACACAUCGGCUGCGCCAUGUCUGGUCUCCAAGCGGAUGCCAGGAGCAUGAUCGAGCAUGCUCGUGUCGAAUCGCAGAACCAUGCUUUCCACUACAACGAGAAGCUUGGUGUCGAGAGUUGCACACAGGCCAUCUGCGAUCUGGCGCUGAGGUUCGGUGAGGGUGCGCAGGGGGAAGAGUCCAUCAUGAGCAGACCGUUUGGUGUGGCUUUGCUCAUUGCGGGCUGGGAUUCAGAUGAUGACACAGCGAAGCUGUACCACGCCGAGCCCUCAGGAACAUUCUACCGCUACGAUGCCAAAGCCAUCGGGUCUGGCAGCGAGGGUGCUCAGGCCGAACUCGUAAACGAAUAUAACAAGAGCCUGACCCUUGAAGAGGCUGAGAAUGUCGUCUUGAAAACAUUGAAGCAGGUCAUGGAGGAGAAGCUGGAUGCGAAGAACGUACAGCUAGCUAGCGUGACCAAGGAGCACGGCUUCCGGAUAUACACGGACACGGAGAUGACUCAGGUUGUUGGUAGGCUCGAGGAGAGCUAG